GUAAAUAGCCGCAUCCCGAGGAAGCACGUGUGUAAGCAAGGAAGUGCCCCCGCUUGUUCUCGCUCGUUCACAAACCAGCAUUCAAGCGCAGCCUAAAGAAGGAAACCGACAGCAACGUUGUGUAGCCUAGACUGAGACUACUGCGUCUGAAAACAAAAAGUAGCAGGUACUGUUCAGUUCGUUAUUAGGAGCUAUUCGUUAUCGCCAUGGAGUCGCUGCAGAAUAUCUUUUAAGAAAAUCAGAAACACUUUCUAACUCAAGAGCACAAAAGAGCACCAUCUGCUUAAUUUCAUGUCCAGAGCCGGCAAGAGUUGGAGGGGGGCUGCUUUUCCCAUACUGCUUGUCCUGUGCGUUUGAACGAGACGUGCACUGCUCCUGUAUCAAUGUACCUUUUGCGUACGGCCGGGAUAUUUUUUUGAUUUUUAAUGUUUAACCAAAUGAAAUUCUAGAAGACAACAAUUGCAGCAGUCUGCGUGAUGAUUUUUGUGUUUUAGUUGGUGAUGUUGGGAUGAUGGCGGAGGAGGUACAGGCUACCGAAGCACGAACGGGACCUUUGCUCAAUCCAACGGCUGCGGUACCGGUCGGGACAGAGAUAGUGGGGUUAAACAACAAUGACGCCGUGUUUCUUUCGUCGAGUACUCGGGCAUUUCUGGACGUUGCUGCUGCUGCGGCGGCCGUAGGUACCGCGCACCCCGCCGUAGGAGCCGAGGCGGUGUGCACGAAUGGAAGACACAAAGAACACGGCAGUCCCAGGGCUGGCAGCAGAAGCCGGGAUAAUUCCAAUGAGAGGAAUCCGGGAGGCUUGAUCACACCUUGCAGCAUCAUGAAGGAUGGCUCCAAGCAGAAACAGGUGCGGAAGAAAACGGUGUCGUUCAGCACCAUGCCAAACGACCGCACGAUUAACAGCACCGCAGCCUGCAUGGCCUUCAUGAUGGAGGGCUGCGAGAUGAAGAAGGUGCGCUCCAACUCGCGCAUGUACAACCGCUACUUCCUGCUGGACUCAGACAUGCGCUGGCUGCGCUGGGAGCCCUCGAAGAAGGACUCGGAGAAGGCCAAACUGGAGAUCAAGAGCAUCAAGGAGGUGCGGCUAGGAAAGAAGACCCCCGUGCUGCGUAGCAACGGCCUCUCUGACCAGUUUCCCGAGGAGUGUGCUUUCUCCAUCAUCUACGGGGACAACUACGAGUCCCUGGACCUGGUGGCCAGCACGGCUGACGUGGUCAACACAUGGGUGAUGGGCCUCCGAUACCUGGUCUCUUAUGGUAGGCAUACAGUGGGUGUUGUUGAACCCAGCCAGCCCAGCUUAAGGAACUCUUGGAUUGGUUCAGUGUUUGAGGUAGCUGAUGUGCAGAAGGAGGGACACAUCGACAUCUCCAUAGCCACCCAAAUCAUAAGGGGACUGAACCCUGGCAAGAAGGCAUCACGAAUAGAGCUGAAGUUCAAGGAGCUUCAGAAGACUAAAGAUCAGUGCCGGGAGGAGAUAACAAUUGAUACAUUCACUGAAGCCUACUGUGAGCUGUGCACGCGCCCAGAAAUCUUCUUUCUUUUAGUACAGUUCUCCAGCAAUAAGGAGUACCUGGACUGCAAGGACCUCAUGCUCUUUGUGGAAGUGGAGCAAGGGAUGGAAGGGGUGACAGAAGAGAUGUGCAUGGACAUUGUCCGUAAGUUUGAGCCAUCCAUGGAGGGCAAGGAACGGGGAUAUCUCUCCAUUGAUGGCUUUACGCACUACCUCCUCUCCGCCGAGUGUCACAUCUUCGACCCUCAGCACAAACGAGUCUGCCAGGACAUGACGCAGCCUCUCUCCCACUAUUAUAUCAACUCUUCGCACAACGCGUCCCUCCUGGAGGACCACUUCUGGGGCUCUUCAGAUAUCAAUGGCUACAUUAGGGCCUUGAAGAUGGGCUGCCGAAGCCUUGAGGUGGUGGUCUGGGAUGGCCCAGACAACGAGCCCCACAUCUACGUGGGGAGCUCCAUUGCCUCUCAGGUGGCCUUCUGCAAGGUCCUGGAUGUCAUCAACCAGUAUGCCUUUGAGAACUCUGAGUAUCCUCUCAUCCUCUGCCUGAUAACUCACUGCUGUAUUCUACAGCAGAAGGUCAUGGCACAGCACCUGAAGAAGAUCCUUGGGGACAAACUGUAUGUGGACCUCCCUAACUCCGAAGAACAUUACCUACCCUGCCCUGAGAAGCUGAAAGGAAAGAUCCUUCUGAAAGGCAAGCGGUUGCCCUAUAACUACCCUGAUUCUGAAGGGGAGGUUACUGAUGAAGAUGAAGGCAUGGAGAUGUCGAGGAGGGUAGGGGCUGAAGAGAACGACCAGCUCAAUGGGAUCGGAUCCAGGCGGCUGCGGCUGUGCAAAGAGCUCUCUGAUCUGGUCACCCUCUGCAGGUCAGUGCAGUUCAGAGACUUUGAGACAUCAAAGAGGUACCAGAGUUUCUCUGAAUUGUGCUCCUUCAAUGAGGUUGAUGCUAACAGAUUUGCCAAUGAAUACCCAGAGGACUUUGUGUGCUACAACAAGAGGUUCCUGUCUAGGGUGUACCCCAGCCCCAUGCGUAUCGAUGCCAGCAACAUGAACCCUCAGGACUUUUGGAAGUGUGGAUGUCAGAUUGUAGCUAUGAAUUUCCAGACCCCUGGUCUGAUGAUGGACCUCAACUUGGGAUGGUUCCGGCAGAAUGGGAACUGUGGUUAUGUUCUACGGCCUGCCAUCAUGAGGGAGGAAGUGUCGUACUUCAGUGCCAAUGCUCGGGAUUCCUUGCCGGGUGUUUCAGCCCAGCUACUGCACAUUAAGCUUAUUAGUGGGCAGAACUUGCCCAAGCCAAAGGGGUCAGCUGCUAAGGGGGACGUGGUGGAACCCUACAUAUAUGUGGAAAUCCAUGGAAUCCCUGCUGACUGCGCAGAGCAAAGGACUAAGACUGUAUCCCAGAAUGGGGAUAACCCGAUAUUUGAUGAGAGCUUUGAGUUCCAGAUCAACCUCCCCGAGUUGGCGGUGCUGCGCUUUGUGGUACUGGAUGACGACUACAUCGGGGAUGAGUUCAUCGGCCAGUACACCAUCCCCUUUGAGUGUCUACAGCCCGGAUACCGCCAUCUUCCCUUGCAGUCUUUAACCGGGGAGUUUCUGCCUAACACCACACUCUUUGUGCACAUUGCCAUCACCAACCGGCGGGGAGGGGGCAAGGGUCACAAGCGGGGACUUUCAGUGAGGAAGGGCAGGAAAGCCCGUGAGUACACCUCCACAAAGACUACUGGGAUCAAGGUGAUAGACGAGCUUUUCAGGGCCUCCACGCAACCCCUGAGAGAAGCUACCGACCUCAGAGAAAAUGUGCAGAAUGCUUUGGUGUCCUUCAAGGAGCUGUGCGGGCUGACGCCGGCCGCCAACAUGAAGCAGUGCAUCCUGACAGUGUCCACCUGGCUGCUGAACAGCGAGCGGACCCUGCGGGUCACCGUCAACCUCAGCGAGGCCUACCCCACCAUGGAGGCCCAGGGGCCCGUGCCCGAGCUGCUGCGCAAGGUCCUCACUGCCUACGACACGAUGAUCCAGACGAGCCGCACGCUGAUCGAGUCUGCUGACGCCGUCUACUCAAAGCUCAUGCAAGCGCAGCGAGCAGGGUUGGACUUCCAUGAAGAUCUCCACAGGAUCGGGGCAAAGGAGGGGCUGAAGGGCCGGAAGUUGCAGAAGGCCAUGGAGAGCUAUGCUUGGAACAUCACUGUUCUGAAGGGCCAGGCGGACCUCCUGAAGCACGCCAAGAACGAGGCGCUGGACACGCUGCGGCAGAUCCACUACGCCGCCCAGUCGUGCGGCCUCAGCAAGAACGGGGCCACCUCCUCCCCCCCCGAGCCCCUCCGCGGCCGUGCCGGGCUGGACCCCAUCGCCGAGAGCGAGACGGGGAGCGACACCGGAUCCUGCUGAAAUCCCCCCGCCGGACUUUGAGCCAGAGAGCGGGGAAAGGGCUGGGGAGGAGGGGGGGGGCGUGGGGGGGGAGCAACGCAGGCCUCGGAGAGAAGGGGAAUGUGGUACGCAAAGAAGGUAAGGGCAGAAAAGAGCAGGAUAAAGGGAAAGAGAGAAGGGCAACAUUUCAGGCAGAAUUGCGAGCCUGAAGCAAGAGAGUUUUCGAGAGUUUUGCGCUGUAAAAUGGAGACUGAACGGCUGUGUUUUGUUGCUCAACAGCGACCCCUGCUGGUGAAUAAGGCAUUUGCAUUCUGCUUGCUCAAGCAGCAGAUGAAGUGUUUUUCUCCAACUCAAGCAAGCUAACCUUGUAGAAAGAAGCAAUGGCUUGACAUGACGUAUUGGAGCAGAGCACAUUCCUGUCUCUGCUCACCCAAAUUGAUAGUGGAGGUUGCAGCAAUGAGCCCAGCUGGUGAAUAUUACUGGCUAUUCUAAUUUGGGGAAAAAACAGGAGAAAGGUAUAAAAUGGAGGCAUUUUAUACCUUUGAGCGAGGCAGCUGUUCAUUCCAUCUCACUCUUUCAGGAGAAAGUGAGAUGGAAUUAAGAGCUUCCUCGCUCAUAGAUAGCCCUUUUCAAUGCUCCAGAUGCCCCUCCCACCAUCUUUGCCCCAGAUACCUUACGAAAGUUUGAGAAUGUAACAGGAGGCUCCAAAGGAUGUGGGAGAAUAGCACACCUCCACCUUCCUCUGGUUGGCCUUUGCCCAUCUCUCUCUCUCUCUGGGUCCACACCUACUGCUCUUGCUCUGGGUCAAAUAAAGCGCACACGUUGGUCUAUGAGCACCCGAUGCACAGAGGAUUUGGCAUUACAGACUGGAGGGUUGCCCUGGGACUGUGGGCUUUUCUCUACUGCUUUCUUCUCUUUCUCCUUCUCCUUCCGUUUUGAAAGCCCGGCUGUCUCCUGUGCCGACCACGCGCUGUCCUCAUACCCCUCGCGUCCUCGUCAUCGCAGAACAUAAUUUUGGGAGGGACCGGGUGCUGGCAGGAUGCACGUUUGCCUCCCAAGUGGGGGGCACCGCGAAAGCCUGGCAUGCUUCGCUCACAGCUCACCUUUGAACCUGGAAGAAGAAGCGGCGGGCUCUGAAUGCUUCAUAACUCCCCUGUACCCCCUUCCAGUUACUCCCUUCUCAGAGAACCAAGCAUCUGCAGCUUGCCCCCCUCCUCACAUUUUUUGUUGUUGUAAGGUAUUCCCCUGUGGGAGUUCAGCCCCCCUUCAGCACAGGCUCUGACACUGUCUGCUUCUGGACUGUGUGGAAAUGCCUGCAGCCAUUUUGGUUUUAACUGGAAAAUCUGGUUUGCUUGGACGGGCGCCAUCUUGGUAAACAUCAAAGGAAGAGCCUUGAGGCCGAGAUGUGGGAGAAUCUUGCGGUCAGAACACAACUGACUGGACAGAACAGGAACAAAGGCCACCUAACAUCAGAAAACCGUGCAAAACCGUUUCCGACACCAGACUUUCCCCAGAGACCAUCCCCGACUAUUACUCUUAACUGUUACUAUUAGUGAUGAUAUUCAUAUUGUUUUGUAUUUGACCUGAGACCUGGUGAUGGCUCUGUGAUGUGGAAAGCGUACGAGUCAGACAUCGGAACCGUGUUAGCCAUCUGAAGCUCAACGUCAUGAAUAAAUUACCUGAUGUCAACUUUUCUGCUCAGUGACUGUGAAUAUUGUACUGUACUACGUUCUGCAGACUGUGGCCAAUUAAAACUGGCUUACUUGUCUUGUGGCCUCAUUUCCAUUUAAUCAUUUAUUUUUCACACGGCCUUUAUUCUCCCAGACGAGUGUCGUGAAGAAGUGCAGAAAUCUGUGUCUUCCUUAGGAUUUUCCUUUGUUUUUUUUAACUGAAGAUCAUUUCAUUUUCCAUAAUAUUGGCAAUGGAUAUAAAAUAGCGAAGCAGAUAUUAACUUUUAUUUUGCACACAAAAUCCACAUGCUCUCUACUGUAUCGACUUGCUCUAUAAGUUAAAAUAUGCCCUUGUAUGUCUGAUUAAUUUGGAGGUUUGAGCUUGUUCAUUUUAGUGACCUCAAAACCAAAAGAGAGCAAUAAUUUUCCUUUUUUUCCCUCAGGCUGAGUAUGGGGUGGUACUAGAAUGCCCUUGGCUCUGUCAGAGUUAUGAGCAAGUUCACUACAGUAGAAGCAAUACAACAUUGUGUGUCCUGCUGCAGCCUGUUUUUUUUUUUGUUUUUUUUUGCUUUACAUCAUCGGUCAACAUUUUGUGAGGCAGCAACAUAAAUUAGUUUAGUCUAAUGGCUGUACUAAGAAUAAUAAAACAUUUUAAAUUAUCAGUUUA